AUGGCUUCCACGAUCUCAUAUGCCAAUGUCGCUGCCAAGGGAACCUCCCUGGAAGCUUCAAAAGCUGCUGUUCCUAUUGCUGCUUCUGCCUCUUCUGCUUCCUCCAUCGUGAUUUCUUCUACUGAGACCGUCGAAGAACCUGCUUCUACUGCCUCUAUUUCUUCUACUGUUGAAGUGUCUGCUGCUGUCACUGGUGAUUCAGAACCUUCUACUGCCUCCAACUCGGCAACUUCUACUCCUUCUACAUCUGCUGGCUCUACUCCUAACGCUUCCAAGAAGGAAAAGAAGAGCUUGGCUCCAGCCCCAGUUCCGCUUAAGUCCGCCUGGUCAACCACGUCUCUUGCUUCAGACUCCUCAGUUGUUGACGAGCACAAGUGGCCUACUCCUGACAAGAUCGAGAACCAGCCCACCAGCAAGAACAAUCAGCAGAAGUUCAUCAAGCCUAUCACCAAACAAUGGUUGCCCAUGAAUGCUAAGGUAGUCUUGCCCAACACCAGAAACAACAACCAGAAACAGACUAGAAACAGAAAGAAAAACGCGAACGGUUCCACGAAUAAAAAUGCUUCUUCCAACCAGUCGGGCUCUCCUGACAGUGGUGCCAAUGCUAAGAAGCAAAAUGGAGCUAAUGGAUCUGUCAAAAAAGACGAAGUUGCUGCGCAUGAUGCAGAAGAAGUUGCCAGCAAUGGUGAAGAAUCUGCUGUAGAAGUUCCUGAUAACGCUGGCGACUUCGAUGUGAACAACAUCAACAACCAGUACCAACAGUUCAACCCUCAAUUCC